AUGGGCGCGAUAUUCCCAACCCCUGUACCAGCCGCCGAAGCAUGGGAUGCGACUGAAAAAGCGACGGCUGAUAACCUGAGCACGACUUUUCGUCAACUGGCCGAGAGAUACCCUAACGAAAGCGCGGUAAUAUCCCUUCACCAGCAUGAAAUCUCAUAUGGGGACCAUGGAGAGAAAGAUACCAAGCCGAUUCGAUGGACUUUCUCUGAGCUACACGAGGAGAGUCUGAAGUUCGCGAAGCGCCUCUCAGCGAAAGGAGUCACACCCGGAAGCCACAUUGUCGCUAUUAUAUUCAAUCAGGUCGAAUGGGCUCUUACAUUUUGGGCGGCAGCACACCUGGGCUGUCGAUUUGUGCCCCUUGACCCUCGAGCAUUUGCCCGCAAAGAAGAUGCUCAAUAUCUGCUUGGAAAACUCCCCGUAUCUGCCAUUGUGGUUUCCACUGAGGAGAUGGCAAUGAAGGCGAAUGACGCGCUUUCGACCCUGCAUAUAACGCCUGUUAUCCGCUGCAUCACGAACAUCAAUCACAUGGAAUCAAAAAUCCCGGGGUGGACAGGUCUAUCUGAUAGCUCAGAUUCGUCAGAGAUCAACGAUAUCACACUUCCCAGCUCCCCAAGCACACCCCAGGAACCGGCCAUCAUCUUUUUCACGAGUGGUACGGGCGGGGCUCCCAAGGCUUGUCCACAGAGUGCCAUUAAUAUCCAUGCAGCAGCCCUUGGUUUCUCAAAUCGGUUGGGUCUCGACUCCAGUAACAGUGUGUGUCAGCAUUUGCCAUCCUUCCAUGUGUUCAGCGUGGCUAUUACCCUGUCAGUAUGGCUACGAGGAGGUAGCAUCAUUUUCCCCAGUUUGAGUUUCGACCCCUCGAGCAGUAUCCAGGCAAUUGAAUAUGGCCGCAAUGUGAUUUUGCCAUGUGUGCCCCUGAUGGCCCAGGUAAUCGCCAAAUCCCCGACCCUACUGAAACCCUUUGACACCUUGGACUCUGUCAUCAUGGGUGGAGCACCAGUCUCUCCAGAGGCCAUAGAGGUCGUUAGGUCAUUGGGCAUGAAGAGGAUUGUCGUGGGCUUUGGUAUGAGCGAGGGUGUGAUCACCCUCCUCAAUAUGAUGAAUGCUGACGAAGCCAAGCCCAACGCGAAUGGUGACGUCUCCUUGGGUACUGUUGUCUCCGGUUCUAAAGUACGCAUUUGUGCCCCCGGAAGUCGGAAACCUCUUCUUCGCGGUGAAUUGGGUGAACUCCAUCAGGGAGGUCUCCCAGUCUUCAACGGCUAUCUUGACCUGUCAGACGAGUCAUGUUAUCAGGAAAACGGUAUCAACUUUAUUGUCACAGGCGACCAAGCAUACAUGGAUGAGGAGGGCCAUGUCUACGUUCUGGGAAGGUAUAAAGACCUCAUCAUCCGUGGUGGCGAGAACAUCUCGCCCUUAAAGAUCGAAAAUUUCUUGACCCAAGCUACAGGGAUUGCCGCCCAGGUCGUAGGAAUUCCACACGAUCUGGCUGGGGAGGUUCCGGUUGCUAUUUUGCAACAAACCGCGACUAUUAAAGUAUCACUCGAGGAGCUACACACAACCAUAGUCUCCGAGUUAGGCGCUGGAUUUGCUCCAUCAAUGCUUCUGGACCUGAAGGCCGAUCUCGGUCAGGACAAUUUUCCCUCCACAACCUCCGGCAAAAUUCAGAAAACCACACUCCGGCAAUGGGUACUCGACUAUCUAAGCAAAGCACAGCCUGUUGAACUGAGCUCCAAUAGUGAUGCGCUGGAAUCUGAGUUGACUGUCUUUUGGGCGACUCUUUCCGGUCGGAAGAAGAUCAAAAUUCCUACAGAUGUAUCUGUGCACCGGUUCACUGAUAGCAUGAUGCUUAUUCAGUUCUGUUCACUGGUAUUUGAAAGGCUUGGAAAAAGAAUUACAAUGAGGGAUCUUGUCGACUACAACACAAUCCAAUCACAAGCAGACUUUCUCAGAAGUCGCCCAGAGGUCGGUCACCCCUCAGCCGCCACAAAGGAAGUUGAAUCCAAGUCAAUCCCUUUCUCAAUACUAUCACGAUCUGGCGGGGAUCAGAGCCGUCUUUUAUCUAUCAAAGAUGCUACAUCCGAGCACCUGGGCUCCAUGGAACUGAGCUGGGAGCACGUGGAGAAAGUUGCUCCUAUGACUGAUAUCAUGACAUUGAUGUCCAGAGGAGCCAGACCCAACUCCUGGAACCAUCGGCAUUCGAUUGUGAUCAAACAGAACAAUAUUCCAGACCUUAAAUUCAUCUUGCGAACUUGGAUCACAAAGCACCCUCUUAUGCGGUCGACUGUCGGGUCUGAUGGAUCGGAUGUUGAUUACUAUCUCAUCAUGGCGGCCACUGAUGCAUGGCUCCAGCAUCAAAUUUUCGAUGGCGAGGAGAUUGACCGUUCCGAAGAUCUCAUGACCUACAGACUCAAUGAUGCUGCAUGGGACUUUGUUUCUCCUGCGGGGCCAUUAUUCAAGGCCACCAUCUUGCCCAUUCGAGAUUCGUCGGACAUAGGAUUGAUCUUGCAUUGGCACCAUGCUAUGUUUGAUGGAUUGAUCAUCAAGCGGUGGUAUCUUGAACUGACCUAUCUCCUCAACCACAAACCAUCUCCUAUCUGUUUCCAUCCCUUCGAGCACUUCUCUGACGCCUUCUACAACUACCGUCAAGGCCCAUCUGCCAAGGAGGCGGUAGAUUUCCAUGUUCGGAGACUUCGGGGCAUUGGAUCGAAACGCGAACAGAUUUGGCCAGUCCAAAGAGCACCUCGGUGGCUUAAAGGUGAAACUAGUGGAUGGAAGCAUCUCAGCGGCGAGCUUGGAAAUCCAGAUGAGCGAGUUGCUCUCGAUGGAGACAAAUCCAUUGGUACCAUGGGAUCGAGCCUCACGGUAACUGUGCCAAAUAUCCUCAAAAUGCGAACGGAACACGAGAUCUCUCCGCCCAUCAUUGUCAAGGCUGCCUGUGCGCUGUUCAAUCUGCACAUUAUGGGUGGAGACGAGGCUAUAUUUGCUAGCAUCGAGUCAGGUCGAUCGUGGCCAGUUGCCGAUACUGCCAGCGCUGGUGGCCUCGAUCCUUCUGACGACUUGAUCAACCCAUUGACGAUCGAUGGGCCGACGAUGACCGAGACCAUCAACCGGAUUCGUCUUACUCCCGGCGAGACGGUUCAUCAGUUUCUGACCCGCCUCCGUGAGGAGCAGCGUGAGAUUGAUCUAUAUUCGCAUGUCCCCAUGGCAGCAGUUCUGGAUCGCCUAGAAGACCCAGCUGACGUCGAGACUGUGCGGGAUGUUCUCCAACGUCAGAUCUACGACUGGCUCCCGGCCGCAAGACCGGUUGAGCAAAUCGAAAACACCAUUACUGAAGAGAAGAGAGAGACAUCCGAUACCAAAGAAGCAUCGUCAAUGGACCUCCUCGAAUGUCUCGGUCGAACAGAUCUCGGUAUCGUGUGGUUCCCUACUUUGAUUAACGAGGAUACACUACAUCUCGAUGCUACUUGGGAUAAUGCCCAGCUACGAGCCAGUGAGGUUAACGAGGCCAUGCUGAAGUUCAUGUUUGCUACUGUGUGGCUAUCUGACCCGGAAAACUUGGAGCGACCCCUAAUAGAUUGCGAGUACCACAUUCCUGGUUUGGAGGUCACAGAUUUGGGGCCGUUUGAGAACCAUCGGAAUUGA